AUGAAAGAGAUUAUGCAGCAAAUGAUGCUUCAUCAACAACAGCUUUCAUUGCAGUGUACUCAUUCAAUUCAGCAACAACAGAGGACUGAUGCAACAUUACAGAACAUUGAAAGACAAGUGAGUCAAUUGGUGUCUGCACAGGGACAAACUCAGUUACAGACCUCAAGCCAGCUGCCUUCCCAAACCAUUCCAAAUCCAAGAGGAAAUGUGAGUGCUAUCACUCUACGGAAUGGGAAAAAUGUUUCUGAGAAUAAACAGGAAGAUUCAGCUGAGCGUUCAGGAGAUUUGGAUUCAGAUUUGCAGAUUAAAUUUGGUUCUAUUCCUAAAUCCGUUGCAGUGCAGAUUCCAAUGGUGGAACAGAAGCAGACAGAGAUUCAGCUACCAUUCCCUCAAAGGUUGGUAAAACCUGGGAAGGGUAAGGUUAUUGAAAAGUCUAGAGAAUUUCAAGAGAUGAUGAAAAUUUUUAGUAGAGUAGAAGUAAACAUCCCUCUACUGAAAGCAAUCAAACACAUUCCAAAGUACGCAAAAUUUCUGAAGGAUCUAUGUGUUAAUAAGAAGAAGCUUAAGGGUGAUGAGCUGGUUAGUGCAGGGGAAAGUGUUUCUGCAUUAUUUCAGGCUAUGCCACAAAAAUGCAGGGAUCCGGAAGUUUUUACUAUUCCGUGUAAAAUUGGAGAAAACUAUUUUGAAGAUGCUAUGGUGGAUCUUGGGGCAUCCAUUAAUGUAAUGCCGAAAUCAGUGUUUCAGGCUCUUGGAAUUGGUCCUCUUCAGCCAACAGGGGUUGUGAUCCAAUUGGCAAACCGAAGUUUUGCUCAUCCAGUAGGAGUGAUUGAAGAUGUGUUGGUCAAGGUUAAGGAAUUGAUUUUCCCUGCAGAUUUCUAUGUUUUGGAUAUGGAGGGUGAUGCCUUAUCAAGUCAUGUGCCAAUUAUUUUGGGAAGACCAUUUUUGAAGACAGCAAAGACUAAAAUUGAUGUUCAUGCUGGAACUUUGUCAAUGGAAUUUGGUGAAACUAUAGUUCAGUAUAACAUUUUGGAUGCUAUGAAAUAUCCAGUAGAGGAUCACUCUUUGUUGAGUAUAGAGUUAUUUGAUGAACUGGAAGAUAGGUUAGAUUGUUACUUGCUGGAAUGUGCUGCUCUUUUUAAUAAAUUUGGGGAUGAUCUGAGUACAGAAUGCAGUAACAGUUUGGAUCAGUAUGUUUCUGCUUCAGAGACAAAGGACUGUGAGGGAGUCUGUGUAGUUAAGGUUGAAUCUGGAAAAGCACUUCCUUCUAUUUUGCAGCCACCAAAGUUGGAAUUGAAAGUUCUUCCGAGCCAUUUGAAAUAUGCUUAUUUAAGGAAGGAUGAACAACUACCAGUCAUUAUUUCUAAAGAUCUUGAUGCUGUAGAGGAGGAGAGAUUGUUGAAUGUUUUGAGGCACAAUCAAAAGGCGAUUGGGUGGACUCUCGCGGAUUUAACAGGGAUUAGUUCUUCUAUUUGUACACAUAGGAUUUUGUUGGAAGAAGAUGCUAAACCUGUGUGA